AGAAACAUGGCUGGCUGCAGCUGCUGAGCUGCUUGUAGUUGUAGAAACAACACAGGUGUGCGCACAGUCAUCGUGGAAGGUCUCCGUCCUGGCAGGAGGGCUCAGCCUGUCCACGCAGAGAGAAGUUGUCCUCUCUUACCGGGGAUUUGUUGGAUUAUUUCCCAGGAGAAAACAAAGUAAAGUCGGACAUGAGUGGGGAGAUUGUUUGCAGCAGUCAUUCAGUGACGGUCUUGAGCUGCGCCAAGUCCAUAUCAGUGGUUCACAAUGAGAAGACCCUCAGGCUGACGCCGGAGGGGGGGGUUGCUCCCGUCGGCUCCCUGCAGAGCGAUGCUCAGAGGCAGGCGGAGGGCAGGACGGCAGGCGCCAUCAGCGCUGCUCAGAGACACUCGAAGGCUGAUUUCACAGAGACGGAGAGCAGCAACAGCCAGCGUUCACCCCGCUGGUCGGACGAACAGCCGCCACCUCCGCAGCUCCUCUCCACUCAGACCCACCACCGUUCCCCUCAUGAGAUCCACCUGCCGUUCGGAAAAGGCUUAUCUAACGCCUCCCUCCUCGCCAACAACGGCGGCACACCCCAGAGGAGAGGAGCUCGGGCCAACGUCAAGGGCAAGAAAGUCACCCGGAGAAAGGCAGAUGGUAAAAUCUCUCAAAACCGAAAAGUUACCGACUUUUAUCCAAUAAGACGAAGCGCAAGAAAAAGUAAGACAGAACUCAAGUGCGAACAAAAGAAGCUCUUGGACGAUCUCAUCACAAAUGGAAUCGAGGAAGGAAUGGAGGUGCAGAACGUAGAAGGAAAGGGGAGGGCCGUGUUCGCCACUCGUUGUUUCCAUAAAGGCGACUACGUGGUGGAGUAUCACGGAGACCUGCUGCAGAUCACCGACGCCAAGAAGAGGGAGGCCGAAUAUGCUCAAAACCCUGCCACCGGCUGCUACAUGUACUACUUCCAGUACCUCUGCAAAACAUACUGCGUGGACGCCACGAAAGAGACUGGUAGACUGGGCCGGCUCAUAAAUCACAGUAAAAACGGGAACUGCCAAACCAAACUCCAUGACAUCAACGGCGUCCCUCACCUCAUCCUCGUCGCCGCCCGAGACAUCGACAAGGGCGAAGAGUUGCUGUACGACUACGGAGACCGCAGCAAGGCGUCCAUCACCGCCCACCCGUGGCUCAAGCAGUGACGAGAGGCUGCUCACACGAAGUAAAGAAAGCGUUCAAAAACACUUGUGUCCCCUUUCAUUCAUGCAUCUAAAUGCCUUGGAAAACAGACACUGACAAAGCCGGAAGUUUUAUCUGGCGGGUUGAAAGCUCACUGGGUACAAGUUGCAUCUCGAACGAGGUCCAUCUGGGCGCCAGAGGACAUCUGUACUUUUAUUUAUUCAUGUUCAUGAAACAUUCUGGUUGUUUAGCAGCUCAUUUAUUUUGUAUGUUUUGUACUUCCUACAGACCAAGGCAUCUCCAGCAUGCAGGUGGUAGUUGAUGCUCUACAUUUUUUAUACUGCUUUAAUUUUUUUGGGGGGGGAUCAGCAAGAGCUGUGAGAUGCAAAUUACAAUUUUUUUAAAAAACACACUUGGCUCAAGUGGAUGUCAGUCUUCGAAACAACUUGUGGCGUUGGUGGGCGUGACAUCAUUUUUCUUGUUUUUUUUUCUUUCUGAUCAGCAGAAACGAACAAGCUUUGACGCUGGAUGAAAUUUAAGACGCGAAACAAGCUUGUGUUGAGCAGACAAACUCUGAUAUUACUUGUAUGGAUAUAUAUAUAUAUUUUAUUUUUUGUUUUAUUAGGGAAUAUUGUAUUUUUUGAUAUUUUAAAUGAAGCAUAUAUUUUAAUUCGGAUGUAGUUUGUCCCCCCCCCCCAUCAAAUACCUGCAGUGUAUUCUGCUGUAUCUGCUCAAAUACAAAUGUAUGUUUAAUUAAAUGUCUACAGAUUUCUAGCUAAUAGUUUCAGUAUCUGCAUAACUGGAUCAUCUAUGACUAUCUUGCCAUUUCAGUUCAAUGCUCCAUUGUGGUACGUUAUUACAUGUUUCCAUUGGCAGUUUUGGAUCGGGGGUGGCAACGUUAAACUCAUUGUGGCUGUGAUCCUGGGAAAGGGGGAUCCAAAAAUCCGGCUUUUCUCAACUCAAGCUUCAGCAAAAAAAACACACAGCUUCAUUAAAAAAAAAUUAAAAAAAAACUUCCACAAGGGUUUUAUCUUGAGUCUUUGGAUUAACGAUGACUCUGAACUUGUGGAUCACUGCUGAAGAAACCAAACUAAAAACUAAACCAGUCAGCAGUAAUGACACUAUCAACGCCAGAGCAUUUAGACAUUUACUCCAGCAAAAAAAUACAUAGAAACUGGGAAUAAAAGACCUAAAAUGAAAUAUGUGUCACAGUUAUUUUGGGAAUAAUCUUAUUUGCCGUCAGCUCCAGAGUUUGCUAAGAAGAUAAAUAUUGCAGGAAGUUGGUGACUCACGUCCCUUCUUUCUAAAAACUCUGGGCAGACGGCCCCUCCCAUUCACAGCCAAAUCCACCCAUGCAGAAUGUACCAAACCAAUCGCUACGGGCCUUAUGCAAUGACUCGUACAGGAGUCACCCAGAGCUUUGUUCAGAGCAACCCAGACGCCCGCUGUCACGUGCGGCUGCUCUGGUUGGCUGCAUGUUUUACGCCGUCCAGAGACGGUUGUUUCAGUUCUAGGGUUUUCCUGUCAAGACAUUUAAAAAAACAAAAAGAUCUGGUACAUUAAAAGUCUUAAGAAUAUGUGAAUGCAGCCUUUAUUGAACUCGGCCACCGGACGUAUCAAACCACGGCUUUUAUCAGUUCUUUCUUUUUUUUAAAAUAUUGUAUUAUUUAUCUAAUUAAGCUUGUCAAUAUGCAUUUGAACACAAACAACUGGUCAUUCUUCUUUCUCUUUGAGGAGAUGUUUGUGAAUCUGGCCUGACCAAACUGAAGCAAACCCACAGGCUGGUGUGAUAGACGUGACGGGUGCCCCACCUCAUCAGGUCACGUCACCUUCUUCCUUUUACUCUGGUGUCAAACCUUUCUGGUUUGGAUUAGUCUUCCCGAUAGGUGGAUUCAGGGUACGCGCCCGUUUAACCCCAGCUCUGAGUGAUGAUGUUCUUCCUUUUUCUUCUAAACAUCGCUGUGAUUUAUUUCUACCCUCCAGUUUCUUCUGGUACAUCUCAUUAAGUGAUCUCCGAUCACGGACGCUACGUUUUUGACCACAUUUCAUCCCAGGGUUCACCGCCACCCUUUCAGCAGUUUCCUUAGCUUUAUUUGGCUGGUGUAUACCUGUACUUUGUCAAACAGAAUGAUAAAUGUACCGCAAAUGUGGGAUACAUCCUGAAGUCUUUCCUUCGUUGAGGUGAACAGUCGAGGACCAGUUGUUUGUGUCGCUGUCUUCAAAAGCCUCUUACCGUCUUAAGUAUUGAAAUUGGAGCUUCAGUUUCUUGAGACACAAACGUGUAAAAAUGACUAACUUCAACGACUACUUCUUUAACCAGUAAAUCUUAAUAAAAUGCAAAAGAGGCUACUCUGACGAGGCUAACUGGAAACUAGCUGGAAAUAAGUACCUACCGGUUUUUGCUUUUUGCCCUUUCCUCUAACGCCUUUUUUCAUUUGUACAUAGUUUAAUCAGAAUCAUGAAAAUGCAUUAAAAUAUGUGACUAAAAGUCAGUUUAAAUGUGUAAAUUUGCAGGAAUCAGACUUGCUCAGCUAGAUGUUUUUGAGCAAAUUAGCAAUUAGGAUUAGCUUCAUUACUUUAUCUUUUUAAAAAUGUUUUUCCUUUUAAAAAACUAAUAUUUUAGAGUAUCUAUUUUAAAACAGUUUGAGUUUUGCUUUCUGAAAACGCAACUGUGGAAUCAAACGUUUAUCUCGUUUAAAUUGUUACAGAGACUGCUGUGAUUAAAGAGGGAAUUUUUACGUCUAAUUUAGCUCUUAUUUAUUUAUACAAAUACCGCUGAUAACGAACUAUGUUCGUACAGAGGUCAGUUAAAUGUAUGCAAAUGAACAAAUUUCUGUUUUCAGCGUUUGCAUUUUCCCUCUCAACAUGCCCUCCCUCAGUAGCAUUGUCACCCAUGUGAAAUGUUUUCAGAAAAGCCUUUUCUUAACAAAUAUGUUACAGUUUGAAGCUGGUCAUGAAAGAUGUGAAUUGUGAAUAAAGAUGUAA